AUGGACUGUCCCCAGCAUUCCUCCCGCGGUGAAGAAGGACUGAAAAGAAGGAUAAGAAAAAAAGGACGAUUUAUAAGGGAAGUGAAGGACGACUCGAGUUUUUACCAAGCCGACACGAACUCCUUGUCGCCUCGUUCCAGAUGGAACGCCACAUUAAGGCGGACCAACGCUAAUGUUCAGCUCAUAAAGCUCCGAUAUUUAAUGACCACGCCAAGGCUCAACUCUCGCCGCGUCUGGUAUGGUGCGUCUCUCAAUCUCUUGGCAGGAGAAAAAAAACUCAAUAGUGCUAUGUCCAGUGGUUCUGCAGGAGUUUACAAAGCUACUGGAGGUAGAGCAUCAUGGAAAAGUGUGACUGUACUGGUACCGGGUAACUGGCCAGACUCUUGUGUCCCGGCCCAUUCCACUGUUCCAGCACAAGGCGAAAAGCCUGACGUAAGAGUGGCCCUUUCUCACCCUGUCUUCAGAGACAUGCCUUGGACACAACAAUCCAAGCCUUGUGGGCACCAGGGAGAUUUCAUCUACCUUAGUUACCGUUUACUCAUAGAUCAACAUCAUCAUGACAUAGGAAGGGUAUUGGUACGAGAGUGGGCUAAGUACAGAUAUGGAGUGUUUGAUGAAGUAGGAUACGUAGAUGACUCAGUAUACCCAACUUGUUAUCACUCUGAUCUUAAGGAUGACUAUCAAGUUAAUGGAUGCUCUGACAAGGACAUCAGUGAAAAUGGGAUGUGUUCGAAUGGUGUUUUGAAUAUAAGUUCUCUGGUACACCCUGAAGCAAAGACAUCUUUGCUAUUUACUGAUUCACAUGGAGUAGACAUGUUUUGUGAUGCUACUAGUCAUGACAGAUUCGCUCCUACCAAGCAUAAUAAUUUAUGUAGAAGAAAAAGUGCAAUGCAAAUCAUAAAUGAACAUCCAGAUUUCAGCAAUGGAUCUACUUUAACUAAUGAACCAAUUAACACGACUCCAACAAUUAUAUACAAAAGGGAAAGUCUCACUCGUUAUGUGCUGGUUAUAGAAGACACUAAAGAUAUGAUAGUAAGGGAAUCAUGGUCCUAUUUGCGCUUAGCAGUCAGAAAGUGGGUUGUGGUGCAGCUACAGGGACAAGUGGAGGUGGCACUGAUUUCAGCUAAUGAAACCAAAGCAACACUACUCCAAAGUUUAACACCUUUGCACAACACUGCAUCAAGAGAUCUUCUAGCAUCUAAUGUUCCAUACACCCCUGGUGAUUCAAGAGCUGCCUGCUUACACUGUGGCAUGAACUUAGCAUAUCAGUUAUUACAAGAGCGGGCACAACUGAAUGGUCCGGCAAACUCUGUGAUUGUCGUCAUCGCACCAGGGACUUCAGACCAUGUACCGGAACUUAACGAAAUCAUUCCAAAACUUAAAGCAUCACAUAUCAGAGUGGCAACAGUUACAUAUCCAGUUCGAGUCAGACCCAAAACACUCGAUUGGUUGGCUGAAGCGACAGAUGGCAUUUCAUUUACUGUCUUGGAGACAAAAUAUAAUAUGCACACAUCAUUUAUAUCAACUUACUUCAGGUUGACUAAUGUCAUGUGGGCCAUUCAACAAGCUUUCUACCAAGGAGAUAAAGCUGAUCUUCCAAUAGAAAUACAUCGAAAAGAAAUUGUCGAUAAUGGACAAGCAUCAGUUGUUGGUAGUUUUGUAUUAGAUGAUUGGUUAGGUGAACCAGCAAAGUUUACUGUCUUAGCUCAUAAUACUGAAAAUCCAUUGAUCCGUAGUAUUACACUCGUAAGUCCUUCACACAGAGUGUACUCGACAAGAUCAGAUGCUCUUCUCUCUUUGAAAUUGUUGACAGUCCCAGCAAACAUCAAUGAGACAGGAACUUGGACCUAUACCAUCGAAAGGUUUCCUGGCUCUCCUCAACCACAUUAUGUUCAAGUCAUGGCUACUCCUAGGUCAGUCAGUGCCCCAGUUGUUCAUGCCAGGCUUUAUACGGCUCGCACUCAAGAUGAUCUGAUACUUUACACAGAGGUAAAACGAGGAGACUAUCCUGUUCUUGGAGCUAAAGUCGAAGUUUCAGUCUCAAAACAAGGAAUUAAUGGAUCACUGCACAGAGAAAGAUUUGAAUUGAUGGAUACUGGAAGUGGAGAUCCUGAUCUUAUGAAAGGGGAUGGAGUUUACACUCGCUAUUUUAGUGCAUCAAUGGGAGGCACAGGAGAUUAUACAUUCGAAGUAACAGUUACUGAUAAUGGAAACACAGCGUACACUUGGCAGUAUGGGCACCAGUAUGAAGGACCAUUAAUUACAAGAGUUCCUUGCUGCGGAAGUAGCAUGCCUGCUCCAACUGUAGAAUCACUUUCUCCGUUCCAGCGGAUAUUACCACCUCUAACCCUCCACGUAAUCAAAUCUGAUGCUGUGUCUGGACAAGUUGGAGACCUGCGAUCAGUUAUUUAUGCACCUGACCUCAAGGCGAGAUUGGUUUGGACUGCUCCAGACAUGGGUGGCAAGCCAGUCACUAAAUAUGAACUACGGUAUGCAAGAAGCAUAAGCGACAUUUUGGACAAUUUCAAUUCGGGAACAGUAUGGCCUUAUGGAAGUCCUUUUCCCUUAGCUCCUGGCUCUGAAACAACAUUUACUUUAGACUUCACUCGAAAUCCUUCAUUAUUAGAUCAGACGCUGUACUUUGCGAUUCGUGGAUUUUCUGAUUUAAGUGAUGCAGCCAGACCAGGACCUAUUUCAAACUGGGUACGAGUUAAUGUUCCAUCUCCACCUCCUCCACCACCUAUCUCUACCACAGCUUCGACAAUCAUUCCGAUCUGGCCACCUCAGGAAGAGAGUGCCAUACCGAAUUUAGCUGAGACAUUUGAAUUGAAUCUGGAGAUUAUUUUACCAGUUAUAAUUGGUUUGCUGAUUUUAGGAAUUUUCAUAGUAAUUUAUUGUUAUUUUUGUCUGCGUAAAAGAGCCAAAAAAGAAGCGAAUAAUGCUGCACAUCCAGAAAAACCUUUAAAUGUGUCUAUUGUUCCAACUGAUAACAACAGCAAUGGAAAUAUAAAUGGUAAUAUCAAUAUUUCUCACCCUGUCCAGACUAACAAUUAUGACAUGAGCCCACAGAUGACUAACUUGCCACAAUAUGAAGUUCGAGUUGAAGAUGAUCCAAAUAAAAGGUAUAGUCUGACUCCUUAUGAUGGUGUUAUGCAGAAUGGUAAUCUAUCUGGACCUGGAAAUUACGGAAAUGGCCAUCUAACAGGAAUAAACGAAUAUGAUAACCGAAAUAACACUCUUGUUAGGGAAAAGACUUUGAGCCCUUACCAAUCAUGGACUGCUUCACAGUUGUUACAUGAACAUGAGAGAAGGCAGAGCCCGUACGGACAGAUGGAGGACUACGGCCAAUACUAUCCUCCCCCAGUUCCUCCUCUACCUUCAUACCAGCAGGACAUAUAUGGCGCAAAUACUCAUCUUCCUCCGCCAAACCAAUUUAUGAAUUAUCAACCUGCCCAAAACAUUUAUAAUCCAAGUUUGCAGGGUUCGAUGAGCUCUGUCAAUAGUAGUGAAAGAAAAAGAAGGAAUGUUACUAUGGUGUAAAUUUCAGAAAUUAACUAUUGGGUAGUUUAAUGUACAUUUGAUUUUUUUUCUGUGCUUGCAUCAGAGAUAAAAGUUGUAGGCAUUAUGUAGUUUUCUCUAAUCUGUGUUAAAGUAAAUGUGUAAUAAAAAAUUAGAUUUACCAAUAAUUGUAAAUUUUGUAUAUUAUAUAUAUAUUUUUUUCGACUGAGUAUGGGCAUUGUAUUCAUAAAGAAUUGUAUUUUUACUUCAUUGUAAAUACUUGAACUGUAAAUAAUUUUUGUUAUAAUUAAACUUUUGAAUGUUGUUUAAUGUUAUGUUUAAUUUUUAAGUGCCACACAUUAAUUUCUAGUCAUAUUUAUAAUUAUUGUAUAAAUUUAUUAUCUGAAUAUGAAAUUUAUUUUUGAAUUUGAUAUUAUUUUUUUUAAUUUUAAAAUUAUCAUAUUUUGCUCAUGUAUAAUAUUUUGGAACGAAAUGUAAAUUUUCGAGAGAAUGUACCAUCCAUAUAUUAGAUCUCAUAAAUAACUAAUUCUUGACUAUUUCUUAAUGAAUGUUUGUCCCAAGAGUAUGUACCUUGUUUUAUGUGAAUGAAUUGUAUAUAUGAUAUUGAAAUUUUGUAAUAAAAAAUAAGUUAUAACAAGGUGCACAUUAUCACUGCAAAGAUUUCUUAUGUGUAACAAAUAACUUUAAUGUUAUUCAAAUUGACUUUAGCAAUUCUGUGAAUAUUUUUAUGUAUCAUAAUUGCAUGAUGUAAAUAAACAUCCAUGUUUGUUUUUUAAAUAUA